CAGAAAUGGCUGAUAAGUGUGAUCUGUGUCUGCUGGGACUGAUCGUUCUCUCUUCACUUCUCACAGGCACCAGUGGAGUGGAUCAUGUGUUCAUCAGUUCUGGUGUAAAUGUCUCUCUGUCCUGUAAUAAAACUCUUUCUGACUGCAAAUCAACAUCAUGGAUCUACUCUAACAUAUUCAGACGCUCAGGGAGAGUUGAACUGAUUACUGGAGGGAUAAAGAAUAAAGACACAGAGAGACAUGAGAGACUGAGUCUGGAGUCUGACUGCUCUCUGAACAUCAAGAACGUCACAGAAGAAGAAGAUUAUGGAUUUUACACCUGCAGUCAAUAUGUGAAUGGAGAACAACAAGGAACUGAUGCUGAUGUUCUUCUGCAUGUUCUUCAUGUUUCAGUGUCUUCAUCUUCAUCAACAUCAUCAUCAUCAUCAUCUUCAUCUUCAUCCUCACAGACUGAGAUCAGUCCAGGCCGCUCUGUGACUCUCUCCUGUCAGUUGUAUUCAUAUGGACUCUCCUGUGGUUAUUUGGUCAGUUCUGUGGGAGUUGAGCUGUUGUGGGUGAAUCAGGCUGGUGUUGAUCUGAAGACAGACUCCAGAUAUCAGAUAUUAUCAUCAUCAUCAUCAUCAUAUCCAUCAUCUCCAGAUCACUGUAUCCUCACUCUGACUACAACACUCCUGGAUGAAGAUGCCAACAGAGAGUGGAGAUGUCAGCUUACUCAGGGAAAGCAACUCCAGACCUCAGUCAGAUACACUGUCAAGUAUUCAGGCACCAGUGGAGUGGAUCAUGUGUUCAUCAGUUCUGGUGUAAAUGUCUCUCUCUCCUGUAAUAAUAAAAAAGCUCUUUCUGACUGCAAAUCAACAUCAUGGAUCUACUCUAACAUAUUCAGACGCUUAGGGAGAGUUGCACUGAUUACUGGAGGGAUAAAGAAUAAAGACACAGAGAGACAUGAGAGACUGAGUCUGGAGUCUGACUGCUCUCUGAACAUCAAGAACGUCACAGGAGAAGAUUAUGGAUAUUACAGAUGCCGACAAUAUGUGAAUGGAGAACAACAAGGAACUGGUGCUAAUGUUUCUCUGCAUGUUCUUCAUGUUUCAGUGUCUUCAUCUUCAUCAUCUUCAUCAUCAUCUUCAUCUUCAUCCUCACAGACUGAGAUCAGUCCAGGCCGCUCUGUGACUCUCUCCUGUCAGUUGUAUUCAGUCUCCUGUGAUGAUUGGGUCCGUUCUGCGGGAUUUGAGCUGUUGUGGGUGAAUCAGGCUGGUGUUGAUCUGAAGACAGACUCCAGAUAUCAGAUAUUAUCAUCAUCAUCAUCAGCUCGAGAUCGCUGUAUCAUCACUCUGACUACAACACUCCUGAAUGAAGAUGCCAACAGAGAGUGGAGAUGUCAGCUUAUUCACAGAGAUCAACUCCAGACCUCAGUCACAUACACUGUCAAGUAUUCAGGUGAUGCGUCUGAACGUUCAUCUUCUGCAGCUCCAGUGGCUUCACCAACACUGACUCCAGUCAGAAGCUCAAACUCUGAGAAGACAUCAAGCCGAUCUACAGCAGCAGCUCCUACACAAGAUCCAGCUGAUCCAGCAUCAGAAACUGCUGGAUUAUUAUACAGAGUGAUUGUGAGUAUUGUUGAGAUCGCAGUGUUUGCUGCUCCUACUGUGAUUCUUCUUCAGAUCAUCUGUGCAAGAAGAGCUGGGAGGAAGGACUCGAAGCGCCCGGAGGAAAUAGAGAUGCCCACAAUAUUACAAUAAAACACGGAUGAGUUCAGAAUCUGCAGCAAUAUUUACAAUAGCAGAAACUCAGAGGAUUGUUCAUUGGUUUAUUUUCUUCUUCUCAGAAAACAGAGAAAAAA